AUGACAAGAAUGAUAGAGCCGCUUACAGUUGGGAGGGUGAUAGGAGAUGUUGUCGAUGUUUUCAGCCCAAGCGUGAAGCUGGAGGUCGUUUACGGAUCGAAUAAACAAGUUUAUAAUGGGCAUGAGCUCAUGCCUGCUGUUGUUUCUUCAAAGCCUAAGGUUGAGAUUGGCGGUGAUGAUAUGAGAGCUUCUUACACUUUGAUCAUGACAGAUCCUGAUGCUCCUAGUCCUAGUGAUCCUCGCUUAAGAGAACAUCUCCACUGGGUUGUCACUGACAUUCCGGGCACCACUAAUUCCUCAUUUGGCAGGGAAAUUAUCAGUUACGAGGCCCCAAAGCCUGUGAUAGGCAUCCAUCGCUAUGUCUUCGUCCUCUUCAAGCAGAAAGCACGCGACACGGUUCGCCCCCCUCAGUCCAGAGAUUGCUUCAACUCCCGAGUGUUCGCUGAUCAGAAUAGCCUCGGCCUCCCUGUGGCUGCAGUGUUCUUCAAUUGCCAGAGAGAAACAGCCUGCAGAAGUCGACGCUGAUUAAUUAACUAAUGCUAGGAAUAUAUUGAUGAUGCUCUAACUCGAAGUCUGAUUGGAGGAUGGCUGAAGAUUGCAUGUUGUAGCUCUCUGGAUCAGUGAAAGAGCGACACGUCUGGAGUCUAAAAAAUUGUACGGAGCCAGAAGUUAAAACCGACUAUUGUUUGUCUCUAUCAGUUGUGUACUUGAUCUCUUUAUAUAAUGAAUUUUAG